GGCGACUCGUCUUAGGCUGUGAGAUUUCUACUGAAAAACACACAACUGGAGGAUUUUAGGUGUAAACCUGAAGAGACUGUGAGCUGGUGAGUCCUGCUGAAGGUUUAAGAAGAAAUGGCUGAAAAAAAUACUGCUGUUGAGAAGUUCCUGACCUGCCAUGUGUGUUUAGAGACAUUCAGAGAUCCUGUGUCUCUGAGCUGUAACCACAGCUUCUGUUCAAGCUGCCUGAAACAAUUCUGGGAAAAAACUGGAAACCAAAACUGUCCGAUUUGUCAAAGAAAAUCCUCCAAAGACCAUCUAACUGUGAACUUUGCUCUGAAGGAGCUGGCAGACUCCUUUGCUGGCAGACAGAAAUCUGGAUCAUCUGAGGGAGAAGAGAGGGACAAGGAGGAGCUGGUGUGUCGUGAACACCAAGAAGAGCCCAGACUGUUCUGUGUGCAGGAGCAGAGAGCUUUGUGUACUGUCUGCCAUUUUCCUCAUGACAGCAGCCACAGAGUGAUUCCUGUAGAAGAAGCAGUGAAGGAUCUGAAGGAGACGCUGAGAUGUGACUUCAAGUCUCUGCAGGACAAGAGGGAGAAAUACCAACAGCUGCAGAAAACAUACAGGGACGUGGUGAAAGAGUCCAAGAAGCAGCUGGCGUCCACAGAGAGGCAGAUCAGAGCCCAGUUCAACAAGCUGCACCAGUUCCUGAGAGAGGAAGAGGAGUCCAGACUGGCAGCUCUGAGGGAGGAAGAGGAGCAGAAGGCAGAGCGUGUGAGCAGAGAGAUGAAGAGGAUGGAGGAGCAGAUCUCCUCCCUCUCAGACUGCAUGGCUGCUGUUGAAGCAGAGCUGCAGAAAGCCAGCGGGGCGUUCCUCAGCAGCUCCAGAGACGCUCAGAGCCGAGCCAGAGUCCAGUGCUCACUGUCAGAUCCACAGCUGCCCUCAGGACUGCUCAUAGAUGUGGCCAAACACCUGGGAAACCUGUCCUUCUCAGUCUGGAGCAAGAUGAAGGACCUGGUCCACUUCACUCCUCUCAUUCUGGACCCAAACACUGCAUCAGCCUGGCUCCACCUGUCUGAUGAUCUGACCAGUGUGAGAUGUGGAGACACUCAGCAGCAGCUUCCUGAUAAUCCAGAGAGAUUCACUAAGUAUCGUGACGUCCUGGGCUCUGAGGGCUUCAGCUCAGGGAAACACAGCUGGGAGGUGGAGGUGGGAGAUCUUCCAGUGUGGUUCAUUGGAUUGGCGAAAGAGUCAGUUGACAGGAAGGGAAAGGUAUUUCCUACCCCAAAAGAUGGAUUUUGGUGUUUGUGGCAUUUUGAUGAAAAAUUCCAGAAUGGUCAUGGCGAGCCAGUCAUAGUGAAGGAGAGUCUCCAGAGGAUCAGAGUCCAGCUGGACUAUGACAGGGGGGAGGUGUCUUUCUACGACUCUGGAGACCUGAGUCACAUCUACACUUACAAUGACACUUUCACUGAGAAACUCUUCCCUUCUUUCAAUGUUGGAAAAUCUGCUGGAGCCAAAACCACGACUCUCACCGUCUGUCAGGCUGAGAUUACUCUGUGAUGUUCAGACAGGUUCACACAUUUAUAACAAACUCAAGAGCAAAAGAAAUGAAGAGGAAGAAAAUUUCAUCUGAUUGAAAUAAUUAGAAAACUUUAACAGUUAAAUAUGGACUAACACAAGUACAUCAUCAAAUAUCAGUUUAUUGCUUCAUGCAAACAUCUAAUGUUAAAAAAGACAUUUUUUUUUUUACUGUAUUAGCUCUGUUUCAAUUACUUAUUAAGAAAAAUAUUUAAAACUAAUUUCUUCAUUUGUCCAGGAUUAAAAAAAAAUCAUGUUAAAUCCCAUCAAGUGUUUUGAAAAGAUUUAUUUGAGUUUUCUAUAGUCAGGAAGACACCAUGAACACAUUAAGACAAAUUAAUUUGUGUCAAUAACAAAAGUUGAAGUGGGUUUUUUUUUCAUCAUUGUGAUCAGUGUAAUGUUUUAUUUCUGAAAAAAACUGCUGCAAUGUAUAAGUUUCACAUGAAAGUGAAAAAAGGAAUAAAGUAUUUUC